UCGCACGUGUAUUCCCAAAUGCUCGAGUUGUACUUGAGCAUGUUGGCUUGACGGUACAGUCGCUGCAACCACAGAAUAACAAGACAAGGCAGGACUGCUCUUCUUCGGCGACAGUUUCAAUUCACGUAGUUUGCUUUGGAAGCUGUUUGUUUGUAUAGCGCGAGCUUUGCCUUGAUUUAUUUAUUUUUUGGUAAUCUGCUAUCCACAUUUCCAGAAACCCAAUUGUGCAGUUGCAAGAUAUGAAUCCGUUGGGCGCGUCUUCUCAGUGGCCAGCUUACAACCUGCGUCCGUCCACCCUCAACUACAUCCUUAGUGACAGCGAGUUGACUGAUGAUGAAGGCGACAUUUUGUCAGAAGGAGAGGAGGACUUGGGGCCCGGUAAGGUCUUCUCAGGCUACGAGGGAUGCUUCCGAGGUCGCUUGGAUAAGAUGUACUCAAGGUCCAAGCGAGCCCACCACAAGGUCCAUGUUGGCGGGCGAGCCAAGUAUCACCUUUCUCCCGGUGCUCCCGCUGGUGCUUCAUCAUCACCUUCAGCAGGAGACCUCGCAUUCACUCAGAAGUGCACGGAUUUGCACAGCUUCAUCUGUCCUCUGAUGGAGCUUCUUCACGGCCUUAAAACUGGCAGGUUUAACAAAGUCAAUUGCAAAAGCAGUGACCGAGUCUUGACGUGCAUUUUCCCCGUGGCAGGUUUAACCAGUUUCCAGCAGAGUGUCGCCAUGGACAGACUGCAGAGGAUUCUGGGAAUUCUGCAGAGGCCUGAAAUGGGGGAGCGAUAUCUGCGCAACUUGUUGCAAAUUGAGGGGAUGCUGAAACUCUGGUUCCCUCAGGUGGCACCUCGUCCCACGGUCACGUUAGCCCAAAGCUUCACCCCCAAACUUAUGACUCCCUGGCGCCAAAAUCAGCUCAGCAUGCCAGUCAAGAAGCGGAAGUUCACCUGGUCAGAUUCGGACUGCAGCGAAACAGAGCCACCCAAGAAAAAGAUUCCCCUACCUGAAAGCUGCCCAACCGUGACGCCAUGCAGCCUUUCCUCAAGCACAGCGGGGAAGCAGGAAGCUCCCAAGGACGCAGAAGGCAACUGGGGCCACGCAUUUGAGCUGGCCAACCGCACAUUCAGCAGGCUGCCACAAGAACACGAAAUAUCUUCCACCGCUUGCACAGUUGCACAGGACAAGUCAAUAUCCACCAGUGAUGAUGUGAAGUCUGCUAAAGUGUGCAAUGACACCACCAUAUGGCAGUCGGAGUAAAAGUUCGAGGUCUCGAGUCCACGCGCUCGAGGCGAUCGGUCAGUCUUUUGAAAAAGCGUUAGGAGUCAUUGUUUGCUCUCCAAAGUACAAUCUACUCAAAAGCGGGGCGUCCCAACCUGUUUUUGUGUCACGGACCAGUUGAGACAAGUCCGUGACCUUCGCGGACCAGCAACACUUUUUUUUUCAUUACUUUUAAAUUGCCAGUUUCAAAACACUGCUACUGACAACAAAGAUGAUUUGAGAGUCAUUCAACAUUUUAUGCGGGUGGGCUGUGCAAACUCUGUUCACAUUUUUUUUCAUGCUUUGCCCUCAAGUGCUCCGGUGCUACUUGUUGAAAUGCUUCAACGAGGUUCUUGUAUCUCCCCGUUUUGGAUGACAUACAGUAGCACGCGCAACAGCUUCCUCAUCCGCAUCGCUCCGGGGGGGGGGGGGGACUUCUCUUGUCCAAAUUGCUUCAUCUUCGGAAGUCCGUUUGGAACUUUUACUUUCUGUUGACUGCUUCUUCCUUCAUUUCUUGGCGGAUUCUGUUGAUUUCAACCUGCUAACAGAUGUUUGAAGGGGGAUUCCGAUGGGCUAGAGUGGCGCGCAUUUCCCCCGUCACGUAUGAUGGCGUCAAUGUGCUCACGGCUCGCAGGUCAGGUCAGGUCUGUCUGUGGGCGGCCCGGUCCGCGGACCGCUGGUUGGGGACCUCUGCUGUCGAGUAUGAUUGCAAUCCGGGGUAACUGUUUGCACAUUUCCCAACGUCCGAUCAUCAAGCCAUUUAGUUCCCCAAGCCUUCGCAAUCAGCGCUUCGCAUGCAAAAGGGGGCAUUUUUCGUGGCGCUUGACUCAAGGGUCGUAUUUCCGAAUCAUGCGCAUUGUCCAGAAGGAGACGCGUGGACUAUGAGAAGCCAUGGAUACGCAGUAAGAAGGCACGCGAUUUGCCGCCGUGCCUCAGGACAGCUGCCUGCUUUUUUUUGUGUGUGUUUUGCGAAACGGUGCCGAGAAACAAAGCGCCCAAGUCGGCAUUUCCCGAUUUCAAUCCAGGCUUAAAGUAACUGCUGACAGUUGAGUCCUUCCAAAAUCUGCCUGCAAUUACACACCGACGUCUCUUGCACUUUUGUUCGACCAUGCACGGCCAUAUAAAUGUGAUAUUUAAUGUGUUAUUUAUGUCCGGGAACGCAGCACAAAAGCACUUAAUGUGAAGCCUAGAAUUUAUAAAUUGUCUCUUAGGAAACUAUAACUCCCCUGCUGCUGAAAAAGUACACCGUUAAAUACAAUUAUUUUCUAUGCACUCCCUUAAUAAAUCUGAAUGAGUGCAUGAACGUGACGAUGAAAAAAAAACUUGAAUGCCUUAAUGUUUUGAAAAAUAUGGAACUGUUGCACUAAAUUUCCAAGUCAUUGAGUAAAAUACUACCCCACCUUAAGAGACGAUUUUACGAGUAACAUAUUAAAAAGAGAAUCAGCGCUUGCUGUAUUAGCCGUUUUUGUGUCUUGGUGUUUGUUGUACGCUCACGCUACAAAUUUGCUGUCAUCGUUUGUUUUUUUAAUGAAUUUUUUACAAUUCCUUAUUGUUUUGAUUGUAAUAUUUCACAUAGAAGUUGUUCAUUUCUUGAAGUUGUUUGAAACGAAGUCGCUUUGAACAAU